CGCUGCUGUCCGACCGAAAAAUUUCGCCUGUUCCGUUGGUUGGAGCUCACUCUGCGAGAAGACAAUCGGUCGGGCUUUAGGCAGGUGCGGUGCCAUCCCUCACCCUACGAGCCAGUGUUUUCGUUGCGUCAUGGCUUUGUGAAUCCGGCACGGACUUCUGAAAUCGGUUGACAGAGAGCUGCGACAAUAUCCGCGGCUCGGGAUUGCUCUCGAGAGGAUCAUAGCGUCGAGUUGAAGAGAGAGUUGACGGACGCGGCUAGUGGGCUCAAGCGCCCCCUCGGAGGAAUCGAUGUCGACCUUUGUGUCAGAAGUUGAUGAAGAAGAGAGAAACGAAGCUCCCUUCGAACGUCGCGAGGUUGUCAUCAAAAAGGGCGAGGACCUGAAGGCGUUCUAUAAGCUUCAUGAUGAACUCGGAAGAGGGAAGUUCGGAGUCGUCUACAAAUGUACAGAAAUCCAGAGUGGGAAGGAGCUCGCGGCGAAGUUCAUCAGAACACAACGCAAGGAGGACAGAAUCGAUGUUCAGAGAGAGGUUGACAUCAUGACCAAGUUGCAACACCCGCGUCUCCUCCAAUUGUACGACGCAUUCGAUGACGGCUCAAAAGAAAUGGUCCUCAUUCUGGAACUCAUCCGAGGUGGUGAAUUGUUCGAACGAGUCAUAGACGACGACUUCGUGCUCACCGAGAAGGCGUGCACUAUCUUCUUGCGACAAAUUUGUGAAGGCUUGGCGUACAUGCAUUACGUGGCACUCGUGUUACAUUUGGACUUGAAACCGGAGAACAUCCUCUGUCUCACAAAGACUGGCAACCGCAUCAAGAUCAUCGAUUUCGGCCUCGCACGAUUUUACGACCCCACCAAGAAGCUUCAGGUUUUGUUCGGAACUCCGGAAUUCGUGGCUCCUGAAGUGGUAAAUUUCGAUCAGGUUGGUCCUCGAACCGACAUGUGGUCUGUCGGUGUCAUCACUUACGUUCUAUUGUCUGGGCUGUCUCCAUUCAUGGGUGAUAGCGACGCGGAGACUAUGGCGAACGUCACGAAAUGUAAAUGGGACUUUGAGGAUGAAUCUUUCGACAAAGUUAGUGACGAGGCCAAGGACUUCGUCUCACAGUGCCUCGUCAAAGACCGAACCAAACGCCUCGAUACCAAGGAAGCGCUGAACCAUCGAUGGCUUGCGACGAAAGAGGCCAAGACAGAGAGCGCUUUGGACAAGAAAAAGCUGAAACGAUUUGUGAUCAAACGGCGUUGGCAGAAGCUUUUCUAUACGUACAUCUUUCUACGACGCAUGGGAGCGACGAUGACCUUCGAUGAUCCCCCCAAAUGA